CUGUUGAGAGAACUGACGCUGCAACUGGGAGAUCUGUCAUAGUCUCCCUCCAGUGCCCUCUAUUUCUUUUUUUUUACGUUUGAAAUUUUGCAAUCCUUGAGCUCCCCCCCACCCCUGCGUUCUGCGUGCAGACUGAAGGGCAGACCCAACAUGUACCCUGUGUCUCGCAGGUACUGCAGAAAUGUAGGUCCUCACAUUCAGUCACAGGAGCCAGAGCUGCUCUCUCUUGAUCUGCAGAGUCUGCGAGCGGCUGCUGCUUCUGGCUUUCUCCGUGCCAGGUUUAGGGCUGUACUGCAGGUGCUCGUAACCUCUGGGGGGACGCCACAGCCGCGUGGGUGAGCGCUGAGCUAGGGCAGCAGGGAUUCCUUCAGAGCAGUAGCUGCAAAUGGCUGUGGAAGAUGUCCAGGCAUGGCCUAGAAGGAGAGAUGACAGACAGAGCGCUGUGUUUUGGUCUCGGGGAAGGAAACUAGCAGUGUCGCUCAUCCUUGUGGUUCAGUGCGGCUUUCAGCACUCCGUGCCCAAUGUUGGACUUGGAUGGAGAUCGUGAGACGUAAGGAGCCCAGCAACAAGCGGGUUAAGCCCCUGUCCCGGGUGACGUCCCUGGCCAACCUCAUCCCCCCAGUGAAGGCCACGCCCCUGAAGCGGAUUGGGCAGACCCUCCAGCGCUCCAUCAGUUUCCGCAGCGAAAGCCGCCAGGAGAUCUUCAGCCAGCGGCAAUGGAGCAGGAACGCCCCCCCGGCCAUCACCAAGCGCAGGGACAGCAAGCUCUGGAGCGAGACUUUCGAUGUCCGUCUCAACCAGAUGCUCACCUCCAAGGAGAUCAAGCGCCAGGAGGCAAUCUUUGAGCUGUCCCAGGGAGAGCAGGACUUAAUAGAAGAUCUGAAAUUGGCAAAGAAGGCCUAUCACGACCCCAUGCUCAAGCUUUCCAUCAUGACAGAACAGGAGCUGAACCAGAUCUUUGGUACCCUGGACUCCCUUAUCCCCUUACAUGAAGAUCUCCUGAGCCGUCUCCGAGAAGCCAGGAAGCCAGACGGUUCGACAGAGCAUGUUGGCCACAUCCUCGUGGGCUGGCUGCCCUGUCUCAACUCCUACAACAGCUACUGCAGCAACCAGGUGGCAGCCAAGGCUCUGCUGGACCACAAGAAGCAGGAUCACCGUGUCCAGGACUUCCUGCAGCGCUGCCUGGAGUCCCCCUUCAGCCGCAAGCUGGACCUCUGGAAUUUCCUAGACAUCCCUCGCAGCCGGCUGGUGAAGUACCCCCUGCUGCUGCGCGAAAUCCUGAAGCAUACGGCCAAUGACCACCCUGACCGGCAGCACCUGGAUGAGGCGAUCAACAUGAUCCAGGGCAUCGUGGCGGAGAUCAACACGAAGACGGGCGAGUCGGAGUGCCAGUAUUACAAAGAGCGGCUGCUGUACCUGGAGGAGAGCCAGCGCGACCUGCUGAUCGACAGCUCCCGCGUGCUCAGCUGCCACGGCGAGCUCAAGAACAACAGGGGCGCUAAACUGCACGUGUUCCUGUUCCAAGACGUGCUGGUCAUCACGCGGGCCGUCACGCACAACGAACAACUGUGCUACCAGCUCUACCGCCAGCCCAUCCCUGUCAAGGACCUGCAGUGGGAGGACCUUCAAGACGGCGAAGUUCGAUUGGGUGGAUCCAUCCGUGGCGCCUUCAGUAACAAUGAGAGGACCAAGAACUUCUUCCGCGUGACGUGUCGCGGUGGGUCCCAGGUCCUGUCCUACUCCUUCCAGGCCAGCGACACUUUCAACAAGCAGCAGUGGCUCAACUGCCUCCGACAGGCCAAGGGAGCGUCGUGCGGGGUUGGGGGUGACCCGGACCCCCAGGCGCCGCCGUCCCCCACGCGGGACACCCCCCGGCUGGAGCGCAUGGACCAGAGCGAUAGCGAGUCCUCGGACUGUAGCAUGGACACCAGCGAGGUCAGCGCUGAGUGCCCGCAGAUGGAGCAUACGGACUGCAGUAGAGCCCUGGAAGUGUGAGCCAAGGACGCCGCCCUGCGUCUUACCUGUACAGUAUUGGAACCUCGCUGCAGUUUAUGAAAAGCACUUCUUUUUCUUUUUUUGUUCCCGUUUUCUUUUUUCGUUUUUUUUUUUUGCUGGCAUCCGUGCCGUUUCUCUCACCUCUCCUGUGUUUUUCGAAAAAUAAGACUGUGGUGUUGUCUGUGUUGGGACCUACCCCUGUCCAGAGGAGGAGCAGGCGAUGGUGACCCCUGGCUCUCCAGAAUUUGUUUUUAUUUGCCUUUCUCUCUUGUCGUUCUCUCUCUCUGGGUGGGACUCCCCACCUCUGGCCACUGCAUUCUUGGAAGGAAGAGCUCAGUUCAACACUAGGACCCCUCACUCUCAAGGAAGCCACAGGGUCCUGGCAGGCUCUGAGGGUACAGCUGCCUGACAGUACUACUGCUCACUCACUGUGGGAAAACACAUGGAUAUGCGUGAACCUGUAGCAUCUCUACAUAAUGUCUAGAGAAUGUACAGGAGAAUGUUUUCUGACAAUCGGGAGAGGAUUUGUGGGAAUAUUGACAUAACCAGUAGCAGAUGAGGCCGAGAUGUUCAGGGGACAUGUUUGUGAAGGACAGUGCUGUAUCGUUCGCUGUAGCUGGCAGAGUAGGGAGUUCGGCAAGUAAGAGGGGGUGACCAAAGUGAUGUGGAAAGAGCCAAGCAGUGUGAUUCUUGUGAAGGGGUGUCAGUUUAAAAUCAUGCUGGCGAUGUUGUUGCUCGAGGUGAGGGGGAUGAGAGAGCGAGGGGUCCAGACACUUGACACUUGUAGCACUGCAUCAGUGUAGUUUUCGAGUUGUGGUCUCGGUUCAGCCCAUGAAACUCGCUCUGUUUUUCAGCUCCGAUUGCAAGUCGGGAUUUGGGACCUGACUAGUGAGGGGUCGAAAGAUCUGGCCCAGUCAGCCCCAUGUCAAACAUGUUUGAUGUCCCCUACUGCAAGGUGCUCAGGUUGCAGAGAGGCGUGUAUGUGCGUAGAAUGGAAGCAAGAUGGAUAUGACAGAACAAGAAGUUUUGAUGGAACUCAGGAUGAGGGCAGGAGGAAAGAAACUGACUCUUCAAGCUAGUCCUUAAAGCCAACAAGUGGAUGGACUUAAGAAAAUUACUGAAAACUUUUAAGCUUGACAGAUAUAUUAUUAUGUCUCAGUACUGUGGUGCACAAAUAUUUUUUUAAGAAAGAAUUUGGUGUUUUUUCUUCGAAUAUAAUUAUUGGGCUGCCCUUUGGAGGUUUAACCAGGUAACACUGUUCUCAGUCUGUUCUGUCCUCAGUGGUGUGCAUGGACAUAGCUGAGGCAACUCAGGGCUGUGCGCUGCACUGCAGCUUGUGCCAAUGGAAAUAACGGGGAGAAGGUAUUUGAACAAAAGCUGUUUAAUAUUCCCAAAGGAGCCAGUAUCGUAAAUCCAAAGCUGCAUCAGAGUAAAACACUGUGGAGAUAUCUUCCAAAUGAUUCGACCUCAUUCACUGAUGCAUUUUCAUAGAAUGUUCAACUCUUUUGACAAAACCCGACUGCCUCAUCAGACCUGCUGAAGACAGAAACCAAAAUAAAUGUGUCACGUACGUUUCUCCAUUUCCACGGGCCCCAAGAAUGUCUCAGUGUGUGGAAGUGCUUUAUAAUAAAGUUACAACAGAAAAGGACACGAAAAGCCAUGGAAUGAGCUGUGUCCUGAAGUGAAAACUCUGUAUGUUAGACUAAACAAUGAGUCAUAAAAGCCCGUGAGAGGGCAGUAUGUUGUAGCUUAGUUUGUAAUAAUGUCAUAGUUCCCACAUCUAACUUUUCGUAUUGAAAGGCGAGCAGAGAUUAUUACAAUGUAAUUAAAUACUGUAGCUGUUUGUGCCAUCCGUGUAUUCUGCAGUGCAGCCUUAGUCACUGGACUGUCCCAUGACAGCACAAAAUAUGACUGCUAAGUUAUUGCCAAAAAUUUGUGUUCUGUUACUUGUAACCUCAAGUGUGAGUUUACUUUUUUUGACCCAAUGUUUGUCUUUUUUGUAUAAAGGUCACAAGCGUUACAGGAAUCAAUUUGGUGUGGUAAUCACAAUAAAUGAUCCAAAAUAUAUGCCUUUAUUCAUUUUUAAAGCAUUGUUUAACUUUAUCCUUUUAGUAAGUUUAUUUAUAGUUUUUACACAAUGUCUUGUUUUCUCUUGAUUGUUGGGUAAAUGUUAGGGAAGCAAGUGGAGGGUUUGCAAGUGUCACUAUUGAGUAACUGGAGGAACUGAUCAAAAGAAAGAGAAAGAUGAUGGGAAAAUUGGACAGUUUUUCGUGAGGGUAAGGACAUUUGUGCAUGUUUUGGCAAGUGUCACUGAGAAAGAAAAAAAAAGUGAAAGAUGGUCUGGGGUACGAGUUGCUAAGAGGAAAAAGAUUAAAUGUAAGGUGGGUUGAAGUAUUACCAAAUAAAUUACAUGAAUGCAAACA